AAUAAAAAUUGAAGCUAGAGGCUGUCUUUGAAAGCGUCGUCUUCUGAAGCAACGCAAUGAUGGAAUGGAAGGCUCUUUCUUGCGUUCUUCUCAGCUUCUGCUAAGCCAUGUUGGCAUGAGCGGGAAAAUACUAUAACUCAUAACAUAUAUAACGUUUUUUUUCUUUUCUCAAAGUGGCUUUAUAAUAAGGUUUGGCUUUUUAAUUUUUAUCAUUAUUACCCUUUUGUUUUUCAGUUUCUAUGGAUAAUUCUGUAACUGUCGUGGAAGGAAAUUGCAGUUUGCUGUAGAGGUUUGACAGCAGUUUGCAGCAUUGGUCAGUCCUAAGAGCAUGAAUUCACCAACGCCGCAGUUUGUUUCCUCGAGAAGGAUGAGUGUGUACGAUCCUAUCCACCAGAUUAGCAUGUGGGGUGAAGGGUUCAAAAGUAAUGGUAAUUUAAGUGCAUCGGUGCCAUUAAUUGAUGAACCAGACAUGAAGUUAGAUAGUCAGUCAGAGGAUGCUUCUCAUGGUAUACUGGGAGAACCUAAUAAGUAUGACCAAGAAGCUAACAAACCUACAGAUAAGAUACAAAGACGUCUUGCACAAAAUCGAGAGGCUGCGCGUAAGAGCCGGUUGAGGAAAAAGGCCUAUGUGCAGCAGUUAGAAUCAAGUCGCUUGAAGUUGAUGCAGUUGGAGCAAGAGCUUGAACGUGCAAGACAGCAGGGAAUGUAUAUAGGUGGUGGGUUGGAUUCUAAUCAUCUGGGUUUUGCUGGAUCUGUAAAUUCAGGAAUUACAACCUUUGAGACGGAGUAUGGACACUGGGUGAACGAGCAAAAUAGACAAAUCACGGAACUGAGAAGUGCUUUAAAUGCUCAUAUCGGUGACAUGGAGCUCAGGAUUCUGGUAGAUGGUAUGAUGAGCCACUAUGCUGAAAUCUUUCGCAUGAAAUCUGCUGCUGCAAAAGCAGAUGUUUUCUAUGUCAUGUCCGGUAUGUGGAAAACAACAGCUGAAAGAUUUUUCCUGUGGAUUGGAGGCUUUCGCCCCUCUGAGCUCCUAAAGGUUCUUGGUCCCUUGAUUGAACCGCUGACAGAACAACAACGGUUGGAUAUCUAUACCCUUGGACAAUCAUGUCAGCAAGCAGAAGAUGCCCUUUCACAAGGUAUGGACAAACUGCGGCAGUUACUUGCUGAUAGUGUUGCAGCAGGACAGUUCAUGGAAGGAACUUAUAUUCCACAGAUGACUUCUGCAAUGGAGAAUUUGGAAGCUCUGGUGAGCUUUGUAAACCAGGCUGACCAUCUUCGGCAGGGAACGUUGCAGCAAAUGUCUCGAAUACUUACGAUCCGUCAGGCGGCACGAUGCUUGCUUGCUCUGGGAGAAUACUUCCAACGCCUGAGGGCUUUGAGCUCACUCUGGUCUAAUAGGCCACGUGAACCGGCUUAGUCUUGCAACUAAGUCACAAGAGCACACAAACUUGUAACAUGAAUAGGGGUCAGUUUCUUUGGCCAAGAGCAUCAUCAAAACCAUGUAUCAUGUGAGGUCCAGGUUGCUCACAUUUUUCAUGAAGUUUUGCGUUAUGGAGAAGUUGUAAAUACGACUGCUCGCUCAUUUUAUGCACAAGAGUUUGUAAAUAAAUUAAUUUUGGACGCAUGGUGUAUAUUGGAUUGUUGCAAAAUGAAAUAUUUAGAAUCUGCCAUAAGCCUGUGUGGAAGUUGGUCAUGUAAAAUUCGUAUAUUGUUAUGUUUGUUGUGUGUUUUUGAAAAUGAAUCGACUCUAGACUCUCUUA